AUGAACAGUAGAAGCCUUUCCCAGAGCAGAGGAAGGACCUCGUCUAGACCCAAUGCCUUCCUCGCCACAAUCCUCCUCUCCCUCGCCAUCUUCCUCCUUGCCACCCCAGCAACAGUCAGCGCCGAGGCUCCCGCAGCCCGUCGGAGAGUGGCCUUCACUCAAUACAACAAUGUGCUCUACAUCCAAGGAGGAUUCACCCCACAACAGGCGAUCGGACAAUUCAACUCCCUCGACCUCAAUACCGCCUGGAAGACCAGCACUCCAGCCUGGUCCGACCUCGCAGUCGGCCCUGCCGCCUCUCAUCACGCCAUGGUCGUUGUCAAACCCGAACACGGCGCCGGACUCGGAGGUGCCACACAGGGGUACCUGUUGACCAUUGGAGGCAACCCUGCAACUCCAGGAGCCUUCUGGACGGCGUACGAUUUCCAGGCUGGGUCUUGGAAGAACAUCCCUACACCUUUGCCUGGCAACUAUACCGGUCUGGAGGGUCACGCAGUGGUUGCGGAUCCGGACACGGGCCUUGUGUAUGUUGUGGGAGGGUUUUAUGGAAACAUGACCCAGAAUCUCUUGACAGUCUUUGACCCGAAGACGGCGACUGUUGUGUCGAGCCAGGAGGCAACGAAUACGAGCAACCGGACGGAUGUGGCGGCUGUUUGGUCGUCAAAGCGCAAAACUGUGUUGACGUUUGGUGGGUCAAGAGCUGUCACUGCCGUCAGUGGAUUUGACAUGGCUAAUUUGAACGAGUACGACCCCUCCUCCAGGAUCUGGAAGACCAUGGACGGCUCUAAGAUUGUACUGUUUGGAGGAUCGCUGGACUCGAUCACCUUCUUUGACACCGUCUAUGUCCUCGAUGUUGUCUCGGGAGUCUGGCGUCAAGGCACAUCGGCGUCAGCUUACCGAACUCGCAUGGCAUGUGGGUUCAUGGCAGGACAGUUUGUGGCCUUUGGAGGGUCCAGUGGCACGAACCGUGAGACGACCAUGCACGACAAUGUUCCUAUCAUCUAUGAUCUCGACCUGGAUGUCUGGUCGACUGGAUAUGACCCCGCUGGACCAACUGGCAACGGUGGAAAUGGGGGCAAUGGAAGCAAUGGCGGUAAUGGAGGUGGUGACGGCGGUGGUAAGAGUAAUACUGCAGUCAUUGCUGGCGCUGCUGGAGGUGUUGUUGCUGUAAUUCUGGUUGGUGUGGUCGCGUUUUUCAUUUUCAGACGUAGGCGUCAGAACAGAGACAAGGAGGCAACUGAAUCGGAAGCCAGGAUUGCGGCCUCAGUAGUGGAUGAAGAUGAGCGCCAGGGACUCGAAUACCGGUUUGAUCCUAUUGCUCAUCACAAAAAUUACAUGCACGUCAGCACGGUCGACAAGGACAAGGAUCACUAUGGACGGUCUGCGUCUGGACCCACCUAUUCGGAUGCUGGUGCCUCUAAUUCUGCUUCUGGUCGCGCGGGACAGAUGAGUGCUAUGGAUCAUUAUGCGGCUGCAGCGGCACUUCAAGCCCAACCGGCCAACUCUGGAUCAUCGGGAGGAAGAGGAGGAGGAGGAGGAGGAGGAGGAGGAGCACCUAGGAUCCAGUCUACGUAUUCUGACGCGUACACGCAUGGAACCUCCGAGAACGACUACACUGCCCUCAUGCCUGUGAACAACAACCAUCUGCGCCAACCUCCACUCCCCUCGGGCGGCGCCAGCCCCAUCGACCCGGAACUCUACCAUCAACAACAACUCCGUCAACAACAGUUGCAAUACCAACAACAACAAUACCAGCUGCAGCAACAGGAUCUUCAACAACAGUUGCAACACCAGCAGCAAUUGUAUCAUAGUCUGGGCGUCGCGCCCGUCUCUGGUGCACCCGCACAUCAACCUGUAACAAAUUUGACACCCUUGACGCCGUAUACGGCAUACUCGCCUGCAGGAGGAUCAGGAUACCCGUCUGGAGCGUACGAUUAUGGCGCCGCAGCCGCGGCAGCAGCAGCGGUUAAUGCUGCACCCCUCACAGUCCAGCCCUACCAGCAACACCAACAACAGCUAGGACCACCAUACCAGACACAUUACCAACAACGCGACAGUGUCGCCCACGGCCCACAGUCAUGGACAGGCAGCGUCUACGACACCCCAUCCCAGACACAAUCGACACCCCCACAUCCACCCCUGACACCUACAGCAGCCAUGCAACCCUCGGCACAGCUUGGAUACCAUGGCUCCGACUCGGGUUCGCAACAUAAUUGGGGUACGCCUGCUGGGAUUAGUGCAAUAAUUGAAAGCCUUGGCACUCCUAGUAUUGCUAGUACAAGAGGGCCCCAGGGGAUUGUGCCACCUACUCCUGUUAUGCCUACGACGUCGAGGCCGGGUGGUGAUUUAGGAUACGUUCCUCCACCCAAGUAG